AACUUAUUAAAUAGUUGUAAUGUCAGUUUCUCCCAGAGGUCUAACACACAGAAUCAAACGCGGAUCUCGGCCACAGCUCAUUGAAGACGAGCUAGAUAUCUGUCGAAAUGUCAACUUUGACAACAGAUACGUUUUUGAAGUUUCCUGGGAGGUUGUAAACAAAGUUGGAGGAAUUUAUACUGUUUUGAAGACAAAAACUGGACACAUGGUAGAACAGUUAGGAGAUCGUUAUUUGCUAAUUGGACCGUACAAUGAAUCACAAGUGCAAUUGGAAGUUGAAGUAGAAGAUCAACCAGAUACUCCAGAGCUAGCUGCCACAGUUCGCUCGAUGAGGGAGCGGGGUGUCAAAGUUGUGUAUGGGCGGUGGCUGGUGGAGGGAUACCCCCGAGUGAUCUUGUUUGACAUUGGUAGCCAGGCGUACAGAGUUGACGAGUGGAAGACGGAGUUCUACAAUGUGUCACACAUAGGAGUGCCCUACUACGACAGGGAGGCCAUGGACGCCCUCAUUUUGGGCUCACUUGUAGCAUGGUUUAUUGGCGAGUUCAAAUCACAGUGUCGAUUAUACGCUGAGUCGACACAGGCUUCUGGAUCCUCCCCGGGAGCAGUAGGGGACAGACUGGUAGUGGCCCAGUUCCACGAGUGGCUGGCGGGAGUGGGGGUGGUGCUGUGCAGGACCAGACCCAUAGAUUGUGCCACUAUUUUCACUACACAUGCUACUCUACUGGGACGAUAUUUGUGUGCAGGGAAGUGCGACUUCUACAAUAAUCUUGGUCAUUUUGACGUGGACCGCGAGGCGGGAGACAGACAGAUCUACCAUCGCUAUUGUAUCGAGAGAGCGGCUGCCCACGCUGCCCAUGCAUUCACUACUGUCUCUGACGUCACAGGCUUAGAGGCGCAACACCUCCUCAAGCGCAGUCCAGACAUCCUCACUCCGAAUGGCAUGAACGUGAUCCAGUUCUCGGCACUACAUGAGUUCCAGAACCUGCACGCCAAGGCCAAGGAAAAGAUACACGACUUUGUCAGAGGUCACUUUUAUGGGCACUACACAUUUGACCUGGAUCAGACUAUCUACAUGUUUACUGCAGGCAGAUACGAGUUCUCGAACAAGGGUGCCGACAUGUUCCUAGAGGCACUAGCCAGACUGAACUACAUGCUCAAGAGCACGGGCAGCAAGACGACAGUGGUGGCAUUUAUGAUCUUCCCAGCCAAGACGAAUAACUUCAACGUGGACUCUCUCAAGGGACAGGCAGUUGUCAAACAACUCAAAGAGACAGUGUCCCACAUACAAUCGACUAUUGGGGAGAAGCUAUUCGAGAGCUGCCUGAGGGGCAAAGUGCCGGACGGGAAGGAGCUGUUGACGCAGAACGAGUUGGUUCAAUUGAAGAGAUGCAUAUACUCCACCUCGAGACCGAACUUGCCGCCCAUCUGCACUCACAACAUGACAGAUGACUUCAAUGACCCCAUCCUGUCCACUCUGAGGAAAGUGCACCUGUUCAACGACGACUCAGACAGGGUCAAGGUUAUUUUUCACCCGGAGUUCCUGUCUUCGACCAGUCCUCUUCUGAGCAUGGACUAUGACCAGUUUGUGAGAGGGUGUCACCUUGGUGUUUUCCCCUCCUAUUAUGAACCCUGGGGAUACACGCCCGCCGAGUGCACAGUGAUGGGCGUGCCCUCUAUCACGACCAACUUAUCGGGCUUCGGAUCCUUUGUGGAGAAACACAUCACAGAUUCGGCCUCGUACGGAAUCUUCAUUGUCGACAGGAUGUUCAAACAUCCCGAGGAAUCGCAGGCGCAGCUAUCUCAAUUCAUGUUUGACUUCUGUCGGCUUACGAGGAGACAGCGCAUAGUGCUGAGAAACAGGACUGAGAGGCUCAGCGAACUGCUUGAUUGGAAGUCACUCGGACUGUACUAUGUGAAGGCACAAGAGCUAGCUGCCAAGAAUUUCAAACCCGAAAUUUUCUCUGACCUGAUGUCGCCCGGAGCUAUGACGCCGCUGGCCAAGUCAUUCUCGGCUAUGACGUCACCAGCGAGCAGCAAAAACACGUCGCCAAACUCCUCUGACGACGAAGAAGAGACAGAGCUGACAUUCUACACUGCAUCGGAGAGCAAACAGGAGGGAGAAUCGCCCUCUCAACCAAGUCCUAACAAAACCAUUUCCGCCAGCUCAAUCUCGGAGAAUUUGAUAAGACUGACCGUAAACAACACGGCAACACCAACCUCCUCUCCUAAGCCAUCAACUUCGAACUAGUCUCAUUCACCUACUCAAUCCCCUAGACCACGCCAGCACUGCGACUGAACUCAAACUAUUAUCUGAAAAAAAAAAUUCUAACCUAGAAAUGUUUAACUACAAUCCAAAUGUGUAAUAACUGUUGUAACCGCACUGAAAACCUGCCAUUAGUAUUGUUUAAUCAGAUCUUUAGGUUGAAGAUUCAUUGUCCUGCGAAUUUGGCGUGUCGGAAAAGUGAGCAACUUGUGAUUUUCUUCGUCUUAUCAACCAGAGGUCAAUUAGUUUAACCUAGUUUCAAAAUCCUUAGUUGAGAUGCACUCGUUGAAACUUCGAAUGCGAAGGUCGACCUAAUUAAUAUGAAGGGCGUGUGAUGUUUGCUUCAAGUGCUUUUGUAUUUAACUAUGUUAAUGGAUCAUUUGUUUUGUAGCAAUCUGAUCAAAUCGUGUGAUAAGGUGCGGCUAACGAGUCGCGAUCUUUUAGACCACUUGAAAUUGAAAUGUUGUUUUUAAGAAACCAUGUGUAUCUGAAUCGAUUGUGGGUUAAAAUGCCAAGCUACCUCGUGUUGAGUGGCGUGAUUGAUGUCUCAUAGCUAAAUUUCAACCCUCUAAUCGCCUUUAUUUUUGCGUCGAUGACAUCUGAAACUGAAGGUUUUGUAUGGCAAAAAAUUGAUGUUUUGCUGCUGUGCAGAUGAUUAACUUGCCUUUUGUAUUUCAAACAAUCAAAUAUUUCUAUGAAUUUCACUUAACUAGUAAAAGCUAUAAUCUCGAACACAAAUUUUCAUAUUCAGCAGUUUCUGUAAUAAAAUUUGGCACUUCA